CAAAGGGAGCAGUUGAGACCUCGAAGAAGAAACGAAAAAGAACUGACUGCGAACCUCCGAACUAAAGGGGCCACAAACUUUUAAUUUCUUCCGAGAAAGAAUUAUAUUUAUAUAUUUUUCUAUUUCGUACGACAAGUAAUCUACCUCAAACGCUAAAAGUGAUCUGUUUUUGUCCUUGAAGUCAGCCCUCUUCCUGUUUACUUUUUUUGCCGCAGGGCCUUUGUUUUGGACAAUCAACAAGAGCUAUGGCUGAACUUCAUCAGGUGUUCCUCAGCUGAGAAGGUGUAACUAAUGCACCUCAGCACCUUUACCAAUAUCUCAGUUAGCGGCUCCCGCAGCUGAUGACCAAAGAGCCCAGCUCUCCCCCACUGCCAGCAGGACUGUCCAGCCUCGUGUCUCUGCCGGGACACCAUCAUGUUCCAAAGGUUCAAUAGCAUCUUGUUUGGAGACUCCCUGGAGGAGAGCAGUGUAUGUCCCGCAGAUCCAGACUUCAACGAGAAGGAGGAGGAUGAUGAAUGGAUUCUGGUCGAUUAUCUAGCGAAGGCCUGUUCCAGUGCAUGUAGAGAUGAUCUGGUGGGCAUGUGCUCUGAUGAUGUCACUCCCCUGGACUCUCCCGUGCGCUUCUCCUCUUGCUCGUCUCUGGACUCUGUGGUGGACACUGAUGGCGAGGACAACAGCUUCCUGCAACUGGAGGCAACAUGUGGGCUGGAAGAGAGCUGGUUUAUCACCCCUCCACCAUGUUUCAUGGCUGGGGGUAGAGCACCAGUUCUGCUGGAGACCAGUCCUCUGGAGAACCUGCUGAUCGAGCACCCCAGCAUGUCUGUGUACGCAGUUCACAGUCACUGUCAACGGCCUGUUAAGGACGGCACCUGUGAGCCAUCGAUUAUAAGGUCUGAAGUUCAGCACAGGCCAAGUCACCCCUCUGGCUGCUAUGCAGCCGCCCUCGUCGCUGCCCAUGCAGGCUUUUUGGAGCAGACCAAGAAUGGCCGACUGGCCCAGCGCAUCCGUGACAACGUGGAGUGCCAGCAACUGUCCCGCAAUGCCCUCCGUCGCCUUAAUCUUCUGCGUGACGGCGGAGCCAGACAGGCCAAAGCCACUGGGGGGUACGUUCACCAGCCAGGACUGAGGCAGUACAACUACUGAGACGGCCCCCACUGCACUCCCUCAUCCUACCCUGCACGCAGCUCCCUCUCCACCUCCACGCUGGGAGAAUAAGUUGUUUCACCAGAAGGAAUGGAGUCCUUUGAAUCAAUGCCUUAGGUCACUUUACUUCACCGCAGGUUCCGCUCAACUUGAAUGUGUCUGCAUGACAUUCUGUCCUAUGUGUCACGAGGGUUGAAUUGUGUUCAGUAACCAAGUUUUCAUCUGCGGUUACUUAAGGCGCUUCCUUAAGUAGUGCUCUGGUCUGGUCCGUAGCACGUAUAGGAAGCUUGAUGUGUUUGUUGCCUUUAAAGUUAUUUUCCCUGCGUUUCUUUAAAGCCAUAAGGAGUUCAAUCACCUCAGUGACUAAAUCAUCUGCAGCACCUUUCUGGUUAGAAAAGAACCUGUCUGUGAUUCUGUAGAUCAGUGCUUUCUUCCUUUUUUAUUUUUCUCUCUUCAUUUUUUUUGUAAGAUGUUCUAGGUUGAUUAUCACUGAAAGCCUUGUUUCCAUAGUAGAUUUCAAAAUAUGUAAAAUAUAAAAAAAAAUUCCAAAAUAUUUUCAGAAGAGAAAAAUAUUGAAUAUAUUACAUAUCAGUAUGAAGUUGAUACGAGUGUAUGUUAUCUGCAUACAUAUGAAUGAAAGCAGCAGUUUUUCCUAUUUUAGUGACUGAUUUGAUGUACGACUGUGUAGUGCUAGUUUUCCAACAGGUGAAAAAGAAACAACAACAAAAAAAAAGUGUUAUAAUGUUAUUUUUCUUGUUUGCUCUAUAUCUGCAGUACAUGUCUCAGGGUCAUCGCUGUUCACCUUUGCUCUUGUGAAAAUGCAGAUUACGAUAAAUUUUCUCCACAUAUUGGAGAACCUCUAACUUUGUCAAUGUGUAUGUUACCUUGUGGAAAUAUUUGUAAUUCAUUUAAAUCUUUAACAAAAAAUGUGUCUCACAAUUUUGAAUGAAAGCGCAACGCUUGCUCGUCCGAGGACUGUGAAAACAAACUCUUUCUCUUAAUUGACUGUUAAAAACUUUGAAGACUAAAUGAAACUGUUAGCAUUUACAAAAAAAGAAAACAAAUCUCAUUGUAGUGACAUUUUGUUUUACAUGCCUUUAUCAUGUUUUAUUUGACUAGUUACAAGUUGUACUUGCUGAAUGAAAUAUUUAAAGUAGCAACAAACUUUUAGAAAAGACUUUGUAGGUUAUGUUUCUCUUUCUCUAUUUGUUUAUAACACAAGACCGGGUGUUGUACAUUUCCGGUGACACUGCCAAGGUAAAUAUCUCCCCUUAAUGAAUGCAAUUUAUAUCAGUAACUCUGACAUUCAGGAGAAUGCAUAUGAGCAACUCAAGGAAAACAUCUACAAUGUAGUCAACAUGAUCAGUGUAUCAUUAUAUGUACUUCUGUAUGAAAGGUAUGAGGACAUGCAAAAUUUCUUUCAAAGACUCUACUGCCCCUAAGGGUUACCAGCCCUUGUCUUUUUUUGCUUGCCGUAGUCUGUGUGGGCCAGUACGUUGCAUUUUAUGACAUUUUCUCUGUGGACGAAGGGAAUGGAAGGAUCUCUUUACUUUCCACGAGUAAUACUGGAGAGGACCCCUUUCCUUAUAUCAAUAGACACCUGAUAUUUGGUAUUCAUAACAGGGAUUUCAUUUAGCCUUGAAUUGCAUUUGGGGAUCAUGUGCCUUCCAGGUGAACAGUAUGACAAUGCAUCCAUGAAGAACUUGAAAUUUGUCCAAAGGGACACAAACAAAUGUUAUUUACUAUGCACAGAGGAUAAACUUGUCUCUGUGAGCAACUUGCUCUGUCAACUUUCUACACAAAUGUAGCAAAUGUUUUCUGUGUUUAACGUGUGAAGAAUAUUUUUCUGUGGCAUUGCUAAGUUUUAGAUUGUGCUUCGGCUGAUUUUUGUUUGUUUUUUUUUGUUUACUGGAAUAAUACAGCACUUUGCCAAAAGUGUAGGGUUUUAGCAUUAUGUUUAUUUAUCUUCAUCUCGAAUGGACAUGUUUUUGGAUACAUGUUAUACACAAGCUGUUUUAUAUGAGUAGUAUAAUUUGCAAAUAAAUUGCCCAUUUCAUGUCUUGAAACCAACUAUUUGUCAGUAUGUAUACUCUCUUCUCAAUAAAUGUUUUA